AAAAAGCGAGUACGACGCCUCCGACUCUUUUUGCCCUAAAGAUCAAAGAUUCCGCGGAGAUGAAAAUAGAAUCUGUACUCGCCUCCGGUCAUCACUCUCCCCUGUCUUCUUCUUCAUCAUCAUCAUCAUGUAUGCUUUUGAUCAAAAUAGCUUUUGGUUUUGAGGGGUGAAGGGAUUGAACUAAUUGAGGAUUGGUUUAGAAAUGCUGUCAGGAGAGUGUAGUAAUGUGCAGUUGGAUGAUCAUAGGACUAACUUAGAGAUCAAUGAAGGGAGAGAAUUUGAAUCUAAAGAGGAAGCAUUUGAGUUCUACAAAGAAUACGCUAACUCUGUUGGGUUCACUACCAUUAUAAAAGCUAGUCGUCGUUCAAGAAUGACCGGGAAGUUCAUCGAUGCCAAGUUUGUUUGUACGCGAUAUGGGAGCAAGAAGACUGAUGUAGAUAAUGGUUUAGGUAUUGAUGGGUUUAACAUUCCUCAAGCAAGAAAACGAGGUAGAAUCAACCGUUCAUCAUCGAAAACUGAUUGUAAAGCGUGUUUACAUGUUAAGAGAAGGCAAGAUGGGAGGUGGGUUAUUCGUAGUUUGGUAACAGAACAUAACCAUGAAGUCUUCACUGGUCAAGCCAAGUCCUUGAGAGAGUUGGGUGGGCGUAAAAAGCUUGAGAAACAAAACGGUGCUAUUGUGAAAGAGGUGAAAAUCAGAAAGCUUUUAGCUCUAGAGGAUGGGGAUGUGGAGAGACUUUUAAACUUCUUUACGGAUAUGCAAGUUGAGAACCCUUUCUUCUUUUAUUCCAUUGAUCUCAGCGAGGAGCAGAGUCUAAGAAACAUUUUUUGGGUUGAUGCAAAAGGCAGAUUGGAUUAUACUUGUUUCUGUGAUGUUGUAUCCAUUGACACUACAUUCAUCAAGAACGAGUAUAAGUUGCCUCUUAUUGCUUUUACUGGUGUGAACCACCAUGGACAGUUACUGUUGCUUGGUUGUGGAUUAUUAUUAACAGACGAGUCUAAAUCUGGAUUUGUUUGGACUUUCCGGGCAUGGUUGAAGGCAAUGCACGGAUGCCAACCCAAAGUUAUACUUACCAGACAUGACCAAACGCUCAAAGAAGCUGUCUCGGAGGUGUUCCCAUCUUCUAGACAUUGUUUUUAUAUGUGGGAUACUUUUGGUCAGAUGCCAGAAAAGCUUGGUCAUGUUAUGAGACAAGAGAAAAGCUUUAUGGAUGAGAUAAAUGAUGCUAUUUACGGGUCUUGGAAGAACGAUGAAUUUGAAAAAAAUUGGUGGGAGGUAGUUGAUAGGUUUCAUAUGAGAGACAACGCCUGGCUUCAGUCCUUGUAUGAAGAUAGGGAACAUUGGGUUCCUGUGUAUAUGAAAGAUGUAUCUUUAGCGGGAAUGUGUACAGCUCAAAGAUCAGAUAGCGUGAACUCUGUUUUUGAUAAAUACAUUCAAAGGAAAACUACAUUAAAAUCAUUUCUUGAUCAAUACAAGACGAUGAUACAAGAGAGGUACGAAGAGGAAGAGAAAGCGGAGAUUGAGACAUUGUAUAAACAACCCGGACUUAAGUCUCCUUCACCAUUUGGGAAGCAAAUGGCUGAAGUAUACACGCGUGAGAUGUUCAAGAAGUUUCAGGUGGAGGUGUUGGGAGGAGUUGCUUGUCAUCCGAAGAAAGAAAGUCAAGAAGAUGAGGUUAACAAAAAGACUUUCAGGGUUCAAGAUUAUGAACAGAACCGUGCUUUCCUUGUGGGAUGGGACUCUGAAUCAUCUGAAGUUGUCUGUUCCUGUCGGUUGUUUGAGUUCAAAGGUUUUCUUUGUAGGCAUGCAAUGAUUGUUCUGCAGAUGUCUGGGGAACCUAGUAUUCCUUCUCAGUAUGUGUUGAAGCGUUGGACAAAGGAUGCUAAAAGCAGAAUAUUCAUGGAACUUGAUCAGAUUGAUGUAGAAUCAACCAAGGCUCAACGGUACAUGGAUCUUUGUCUCCGUUCUUUGAAAUUGAGUGAGGAAGCAUCUUUAUCUGAAGAGAGCUACAACGCCGUGAUUAAUGUGCUGAAUGAAGCUUUAAGAAAGUGUGAGAACAAGAGUAACUUGAUCCAAAAUGUGGAAGAGUCAGAAUCGGUUAUAGCUCAAGAUCUUCCAAUACAUGAAGAACAGAACAACACAUAUGAGAUGAACAAAGACGAUAAUGUAGCUGACACAGGACAGGAACAUUCAUUGCAAGAAGUCUGGAAAGUAACCGCUUUGCAAGAACAAAGAAACAGAUACUCUAUUCUAGAUGACUACCUCAGUGCCCAACAUAUGUCUCAUGAAAUGGGACAAAUCAACCCGAUGGCCUCAAAUCGCAAUGGAUAUUGUACUGUCCAUCCAAACAUACAGUCGCUGGGGCAAUCCAUAACUCAUCAAAGGCUUUAUGGAACUGAACAAUUAAGUUUCAGACCAGAAGCUAUGUAUGAAAGACUCCAAGACAUGACGUUAGACAUCAUCCGCAGCAACAUUGCAAUGCUUCAAAACAUCAACAAUCCAACAGGAAUUUCACUCACUGAUCAGUCAGUCACUAGCUCUUCCGUUUUCAAGCCAUUUAAUUUUUUUAAUUUUACUUUCGAUGAUAGAAAUGAACAUAUGUAUAUACAGUAUAGACAAAUGUUGCAGACUUGCAGCUUAGUCCCCUGUAGAUUAGGUUUAUUAUAUUUAUCUAACCUCAUUUUACUUACCAAGUUACCAAAAUAAAAUUGAUGAUAUUUUUUUA